AAUGGCUGAAGAAAUUAAGGAAUUUCUUAAAAAGAAGGAUUACUAUGAAAUAUUGGGAGUGUCAAAAUCAGCCACUGAUGAAGAGCUAAAGAAGGCUUAUAGAAAAUUAGCUUUGAAAUUCCACCCUGAUAAAAACUAACAUGAAGGUGCUCAAGAAGCAUUCAAACGUGUUGCUUAAGCAUAUAAUUGUCUUUCGAAUCCUGAUAAAAAGAGAGUUUAUGAUCAAUAUGGAACAGAAAGACCAGAAAAUUAACGAUAGCAUCAUCAUUAAGAUCAAAAUGGAUAUUAUUAUGAAUAAUGUUAUGGUGAUGAUUUUGCUAAUGUACAAAUAUAAUAAUAAAGAUUAGGAAAUCUUUAGAGCCUUUUUUGGUACACCUAGAGCUCAACAUUAAAAUCGAUAGCAUAAUGGAUAAAUAAACUUGUAAUUAAUGCAAAUUCUUCCUAUAAUAAUGUUGAUACUUUUUUCUUCAUCAGGGUUUAUGUCACUCUUUUAAAAAGCUCCAAUUUAUUCUUUCUAAAGAUCAUAUGAUUACCCAACUUCUUAAACCACUAGAAUACUAUAAGUAAUGAAUAAAUUUAAAAUAAAAAGGUUAAAUAUUUUGUAGGAUCAGAUUUCAAGGAAGAAAUCUCAACUAAGGAAAAAUUAAGAGAGCUUGAAUUGGAGAUUGAAUAGUAAUAUGUAAAUUAGUUAAAGCAUGAUUGCAAUAAUGUUUAAUACAAAAAACAAAUGUAUGAAAGUUAUGCAAGCAGAGCUUUUUAUUAAAGAGAUCGUGAUUCAUAUAGAAAUGCAAUUAGAAGAUUAGACUUCUCAUCAUGUGAUUAAUUAGAUGAACAUCGUAGAACUAUUCCUAGAUUUGAUCAAUUAUAUUGA